ACACAGAGGAGCAUAUGCCACAUGGUGACAACGGGAUUUAUUUUGUCACUGAGUGUGAAUUGAAAGUGAAGCUAAAAAAUAUAGGUUUGACAUUGGUUUAGUUUAUUCUGAAAUUAAGUGCUAUUUAAACUAUUACACAGAUUGGUAUGACCGCGAGAAAUAACAUUGGAAGUACCAGUGUGUUACAAUCAUAGCAAAUAAAGCACUGAUUGAAUGUAGCGCUAUAUUUCCUUAGGAACGUACAAGUACCAGAUAUAUCAAUGUCAAGCUGUUGUUCUAUUGAACUUAUUUCUUUUAACUUCAGGAUAUUUAAAUUGAAAAAAAUAUUUAUAUCUCUGUUAUAAAUUACGUUAGUAUCGAAGCUAUGGAACACUAAAUGAAAUAGAAUCAAACUAUUUGUGUAUAUUCAAAGUUUAGCAUUCGGAAACUAGUUUUUUGGGGGGCAGUUACUGUUGGUUUAUAUGUUGAAGAGUGAAACUGUAAAAUAUUUACAAUGAGCGGUGUCAGAUACAAGACGUGGCAGAGUUUUUUGGCGGGUAUUUGUCUAGGCCUCAGCACGGCUCUGCUGGUCACCCUACAAGGAUGGACAACAACAUUUUCACAUGGAAACCUGCAAUAUUCCAGCACAGAUCGGAUGUAUUACAGUAACUCGGUGAGUUAUUUGUGAUCCAAACUUUGCCAUAAAGAGACGUACGAUAUAACGAUACAUACGACCGACAUAUUAUUAUCAAAUACUGCGUGCAAUCAACUUGGACAAUCGUUAACGUCUCAGGGUCUCUGAUUUCGGAUCGAGUUAUCCCUGAAAAAGUUUGAUGCAUUAUCCGGGUACUUAAAAAAAAAAACAACAACACCAUCAAACCAUAGUUGAAUAAAACCAUGAAUUUCUAUUCAACACCAACCCUCUUGGUUCCCGUUUGCUGAUAGCGUUCAAGCGGGGAUCAAUGGCAUGCGUUGGUCGAUCUCCUCAGUUACAAAACAAUAAAUAAAUGAAAAGUAAGUGGAGAUCUUUGAUUUUUUAGUUUAGAUAUGGUUUAUCUUUGAAUCCCCAGCAAAACUAUUUGGAUUUCAAAGUUCUAACUCAGCAGAUUUGAUGUAAUUUAUCUAAAGCCUUUCAAAACUGACAUCGGUUAAGAUUAUUGAAACAUGGAAUAAUCUCGAAUUACGCGUAAAUUGAAACAUAAUGUGUAGGGUAGUAGUUUUUUUUUUAAAUUUUAAAAUUUUAACUUUUUUAACAAAAAAAAAUGUCUUUAGUUUUCAUAUAAUAAUGUCGACGUCCAUUUGAAUGAAAUCAAGCAUGGAAUAAUAAUUGGUCAUAACUAAUUUCGAGUAUUUUUCUAAAAAUCGACAAGAAAAAGAAAUCUACCUACAUUUUUUUAAGGCAGAUCUAUUCAUUAUGUUUGUAUUGAGAUUUUCUUGAUAAUCUGUAGAAAGAUUGCGAGGUUCAAAAAGCUACACAGAUACGGCGAGUAGUCACCACACUUCCGGUAAUCCACCGAAGGUAAACACACUAACGCCUUGUGGAUGUAUUUAGGUCUGCGACCAUAGACGGCAUCCGGGGAGCUGGGGAGCGCGGGGAUAAUUUUUUAAUGGGAUGGAUAACACACAAUGACCUUGGGAGAUGACUAUGGUCUCCCAAAGUUACACAUGGGGCUUGUCCAACACAAACAAGCCCCACCCCAUCCAACACAAACUACCCCCACCCCGUCUACUACAAACUGGCCCAAACCCCGUCCAACACAAACGAGCCCCACUCUGUCCAAAAUAAACUUGCCCCACCCUGUCCAAAACAAACUAGCCCCAAAAUGUUCAACAUAAAUUUGCCCCACACUGUCAAACACAAACUAGACCCACUGACUCCAACACAACCUAGCCCUACCCUGUCCAAAACAAACUGGCCCCACACUGUCCAACAUAAACUAGCCCACCCUGUCCAACAUAAACUUGCCCCACCCUGUCCAACACAACCUAGCCCCACUCUGUCCAACAAAAACUAGCCGCACCCUGUCCAACACAAGCUAGUCCCACACCGUCCAAAACAAACUAGCCCCACCCUGUCCAACACAAAUUAGCUCCACCCUGUCGUACUCAAACUAGCCCCUCCCUGUCCAUUAUAAACUAGCCCCACCCUGUUCAACACAAUCUAGCCACACCCCGUCCAACAUAAAUUAGCCCCACCCUAUCCAACACAAACUAGCCCCACUCUGUCCAACACAAACUAGCCUCACCUCGUCCAACACAAACUAGCCACACCCUGUCCAACACAAACGAGCCCCACUCUGUAAAACACAAUCUAGACCCACCCUGUCCAACACAAACUAGCCCCACCCUUUACAGCAUAAACUAGCCCCACCCCGUCCAACAUAAACUAGCCCCACCCUGUCCAACACAAACUAGCCCCACCCUGUCCAACACAAACUAGCCCCACCCUUUCCAGCACAAACUAGCCCCACCCCAUCCAACAUAAAUUAGCCCCAUCCUAUCCAACACAAACUUGCCCCACCUUGUCCAACACAAACUUGGCUUAUCAUGUCCAACACAAACUAGCCCCCGUCUGUACAACACAAACGAGCCCCACUCUGUCCAACACAAACGAGCCCCACUCUGUCCAAAACAAACUAGGCCCACUCUGUCCAACACAAACUAGCCACACCUCAUCCAACACAAACUAGCCCCCGUCUGUCCAACACAAACGAGCCCCACUCUGUCCAACACAAAUGAGCCCCACUCUGUCCAGCACAAACUAGCCCCACUCUGUCCAACACAAACUAGCCACACCUCAUCCAACAUAAACUAGCCCCCAUAUUGUCCAACACAAACGAGCCCCACUCUGUCCAACACAAACGAGCCCCGCUCUGUCCAGCACAAACUAGCCCAACUCUGUCCAACACAAACUAGCCACACCUCAUCCAACAUAAACUAGCCCUCACCUUGUCCAACACAAACUUGCCCCACCUCGUCCAACACAAACUAGCCCCACCUUGUCCAACACAAACUAGCCCCUCUCCCUCUCCAACACAAACUAGCAAGCGUGCAAAUUAUUUUUUUGUAUCAAAAGAGAAUUUCAAUUUGUUUUGGAAUAGGAAGUUUCUUUUGUUAUAAAUCAUUAAUUUGAAUGAAUUAUAGAAUUACCACUAGACAAGGCCAAACAAGAAGUUGUGAUUAUAUUGCUUUCAUACUGAUAGAUUCCGCGUAAAAAGGGAAAACUCGUUGUUACAUCACUUUUUGAAAAGAAAUCAACUGGCUCCUGUUGAUUGCACGCCUAUAAAGGGGAAAACACAUUUAAAAUGUGUAAACAAUAAACCAGGUUAUAUUUUAAUUUCAUGUUUUAAUUGUGGUGUGCCAGGGAAAUCUGGCAAAGAUCCUGGUGUUAUGUGUGUGUGUGUGUGUGUGCAGAGGCGUAGCGUGGUGGGGGCAGGUGGGGACAGAUGUCCCCGGGCGCCAGCUAGUUAAGGGUGCCAAAAUGUGCUUUGAUAUUAUUUUAUUGAUGAAAAUAAUGGGUUUGAGAGUUGAAAAAAAAGAAAAAGGGGCGCUAAAAAUGGAUAUUGUCCCCGGGCGCGAAUCUUGUCCCCGGGCGCCAAACACCCUCGCUACGCCACUGUGUGUGUGUGUGUGGUGGGGGGGGGGUAAAGGCGGGGAGAAGGUUGCUGUUUCAUGCUAUAUAUUGAGUUUAAUAUUAUAGUAUAAAUGAAUGACUUUAAUAGAAAAUAUUUUUUUUUAAAACUAACUUCCUUUAUGUUCGAAAUGGUAGUGACAAGAAAGUGGUAGUGACCAGAAAGUGGUAGUGACCAGAAAGUGGUAGUGACCAGAAAUCGGUAGUGACCAGAAAGUGGUAGUGACCAGAAAGUGGUAGUGACCAGAAAGUGGUAGUGACCAGAAAGUGGUAGUGACCAGAAAGUGGUAGUGACCAGAAAGUGGUAGUGACCAGAAAGUGGUAGUGAUCAGAAAGUGGUAGUGACCAGACAGUGGUAGUGACCAGAAAGUGGUAGUGACCAGAAAGUGGUAGUGACCAGAAAGGGGUAGUGAUCAGAAAGUGGUAGUGACCAGAAAGGGGUAGUGACCAGAAAGAGGUAGUGACCAGAAAGUGGUAGUAACCAGAAAAUGGUAGUGACCAGAAAGUGGUAGUGACCAGAAGGUGGUAGUGACCAGAAAGUGGUAGUGACCAGAAAGUGGUAGUGACCAGAAAGUGAUAGUGACCAGAAAGUGGUAGUGACCAGAAAGGGGUAGUGACCAGAAAGUGGUAGUGACCAGAAAAUGGUAGUGACCAGAAAGUGGUAGUGACCAGAAAGUGGUAGUGACCAGAAAGUGGUAGUGACCAGAAAGUGUUAGUGGCUAGAAAGGGGUAAGAUAUGGUUCUAAAGACAUUUUUUCUUAAAACGAAGUAUAACCAUGCACUCUAUGAUAUCUGAUUACAAAAAUGGCAUGGUUUAAUAAUAAUGUUUAAAAAAAAAUAGAUACACAUUUCCUUUCAGUUGACUCAUUUUAAAAGGCAUUCGUUGAUUGAAUUAAAAUCUUUUUCAACAGGACCAGUUCGGAGACACUAAGUAUCAUAAAGGUUAGGAUAACUUGAUGAUCUUUAAAAACAUGAAAAUUUCAAGUGAGAGACAUUGGUGUUCUUGUCACAGCUGUCGUCUCUGGUGUUCUUGUCAAAGCUGCCGUUUCUGGUGUUUUUUGUCAAAGAUGUCUUCUCUGGUGUUUUUGUCAAAGCUGCCGCCUCUGUUUUUUUUUUUGUCAAAGCUUUUAUCUCUUAUGUUUUUGUCAAAGCUGCCGUCUCUGUGUUGAUUAAAAUAAAACAUAUUUUAUAUUUUGUCCUUAAGUUUUUGUAUUUUAAUUAUGCGAGUUCUAAAACCUAUACCUGCACUAUGCAACAUGUUUAUUGACCAACAAUUUAAAAAGGAUUUGAAGAAAAAAAUCAUUCUGAAUUAUGUGCACAAUGUAUUUGUUUUUUAAAGAGUUUAGAGACGAAAUCAAUCAUACAAUCAAUGUCACCUAUAUAAUUUUUAAAGUACAUUUGAUUUAAUGUUUACACCAACAACACAUCCUACAUUCCCAGUAACUCAUUGUGUACACAAUAUUCAUUGCAGACGAUGACAGUGUUGCCAAGAAGUUGUAUGAAAAUGUCCGGGUGGCCUGUUGGAUACUGACGUCACCGAUGAACUUGGACACGUUGGUCAUUUUAAAUAAAUCAAUUUUUUGUUCAGUUCAAAUCUUUAUUGAAAGUGGGGUGGGGGGUGAGGGGGCGGGGGAAGGAUGUUGAAGUUCCUACUAGCAUACGAGAUUUAGCCCCAAAAACGAUACUUAGCCCCAAAAAAACGAGAUUUAGCCCCAAAGUCUAUGGAUUGAUUGUUCCUGUAGUUACAAUAUCAAUUUACAUCGUUUUCAGAAUUAAUUUCCAACAAGUGUAUCAAAUUAAUUAGCUGUAGUCUUAUGUACAAAAAGAUUAAAAACACAUAGCACCUAUUUAAAUAUAUAAAAAAAAUUUCUAUCGCAUUUAUAAUCGAUCCACAGAAACGAUGGAGAUGAACUAAACAGAAACCAGCUCCGAGAACCUUAAACAAUGUGAAAAAUAGAACCUGUUAUAUUUUUUAAAACGAUAGAUAACAAAAGUUUUAUAAAAAAAAAAUUACCUUGCCUUAUUGCUAUUCCUUUAAGAGUGGACGUUACGCUCUCCCAUUCAUGAAUACCAUUUUAGUCAGAUGUUUAUGACUCUGUUGGGGAUACACUAAUUUUGCAUUAGCGUAAAAACAAAUUAGCAAUAAAUACUAAGCCAUCAAGUUUAAUUAUAAAGUAAUUAUUUCUAUAAAGUGACGCUGCAGAAUUUUUUAAAACAAAGUAUUUCAUAAAAAUUCAGAAUGAAAACAACAACAUAACAACAAAACAACAACAUCACUCCCCCCCCCCCCACCACAAAAAAAAAAUUAAAAUAAAAAAAGGGAAUUUUUAUAAACAAAAUGUUUAUUUUGGUUUUUAAUUGUUUCCUUUAAAAAUAAAAAAUAUUUUUUUAAUUUUUUAAAUUUAGAAUUUUUUAAAACAAAGUAUUUCAUAAAAAUUCAGAAUGAAAACAACAACAAAACAACAAAACAACAACAUCACCCCCCCCCCCCCCACCACAAAAAAAAAAUUAAAAUAAAAAGAGGGAAUUUUUAUAAACAAAAUGUUUAUUUUGGUUUUUAAUUGCUUCCUUUGAAAAUGAAAAAUAUGUUGUUGAUUUUUUAAAUUGAACAAAUUAUAAUUACAAAUAAAGUGUGUUCCUAUCUCACGUAUAGAAAAGCAAUUCACGUAAAGAACACAUGGGCAAAGAGAUGCAAUGUCGUCUUGUUCAUGAGCUCAGUCCAUAACGAAAGUUUUCCCACCAUCGGUCUAAAUGUAACUGAAGGUAGAUUCCAUCUUACAGAAAAAUCAAUGCAGGUACUAGUCAUUAAUUUAACUACCCUAAAAACUAACUUGUUUGUAUCAAUCUUUUAUGAAAUGAAAUUUCGAGCUCUCAUAGAUUUAUCUCUUGUGCAUACUGUUUUUUUUUUAUAAGCUCUCAUAGAUUUAUCUCUUGUGCAUACUGUUUUUUAAUAAGCUCUCAUAGAUUUAUCUCUUGUGCAUACUGUUUUUUAAUAAGCUCUCAUAGAUUUAUCUCUUGUGCAUACUGUUUUUUAAUAAGCUCUCAUAGAUUUAUCUCUUGUGCAUACUGUUUUUUAAUAAGCUCUCAUAGAUUUAUCUCUUGUGCAUACUGUUUUUUAAUAAGCUCUCAUAGAUUUAUCUCUUGUGCAUACUGUUUUUUAAUAAGCUCUCAUAGAUUUAUCUCUUGUGCAUACUGUUUUUUAAUAAGCUCUCAUAGAUUUAUCUCUUGUGCAUACUGUUUUUGCUGUAUAAGCUGUUAUAGAUUUAUCUCUUGUGCAUACUGUGCUUGUUUUAUAAAUUCUCAUAGAUUUUUCUCUUGUGCAUACUGUGUUUGUUUUAUAAAUUCUCAUAGAUUUUUCUCUUGUGCAUACUGUGUUUGUUUUAUAAAUUCUCAUAGAUUUUUCUCUUGUGCAUACUGUGUUUCUUUUAUAAAUUCUCAUAGAUUUAUCUCUUGUGCAUACUGUAUUUUAUAAGCUGUCAUAGAUUUUUCUCUUGUGCAUACUGUGUUUGUUUUAUACAUUCUCAUAGAUUUUUCUCUUGUGCAUACUGUGUUUCUUUUAUAAAUUCUCAUAGAUUUUUCUCUUGUGCAUACUGUGCUUGUUUUGCUGGUAUCGAUUAGGUUUUCAUGACUCUGCACUUUGCUGUUGUGAUGUCCUUGUUAUAGUAUUAUCACAGUUGCAUCCCUUUGUUGUCAAUACGCGAGGCCAGUGAUCCUUAAGCUGGGGUGUGAGAGGUCAUGUUGUUUUACCUGUAGCUAGUCAUUAAAAAUCAGGACAUCCAGCCAAACAGAGGUGUUAGUUUUCCUUGUGUUGAACAUAGUAUUAAUAAAUAUAACAUCCACCAUUUAUAUUCUUCUCUUCCUCCCAUCAGGCUUUUGAAUAUAUUUAUGACAAUCAUUUCAACGACGCUGAUUGGUUCCUGAAAGCUGACGACGACACGUACGUCAUCAUGGAGAACCUGAGAUAUUUCCUUUCUGCAGAAGACUCCGGGCAACCAGUUUACUUCGGUCUGCGGUUUAUGCCUCACGUCACUCAGGGCUACGCUAGUGGAGGAGGCGGUUACGUGCUCAGCAAAGAGGCUCUGAGGCGGUUUGGACAACUAGGUGUAAAAAACACAUCUCUGUGCAGCAAGUACGGAAUAUCAGAAGACGUGGAAAUAGGCCAAUGUAUGGCAAACUUAAGGGUUUCUUUAAAGUCAAGUUUGGACUCUUUAAACAGAACGCGUUUCCAUUCCUUCACACCAGAGACUGUGAUAAGUUCCAAAUUUCCAUACUGGUUCUCCCGUUAUGCUUCCGAUGGAGUCAAAGGGGUGAGCAUCAAUUACACUUUGGCUUUGAAAAAUGGGGAAUUCGAUGUUCUCUCUGUAUGUUUGCAACAAAAAUUCUAGAAGGUCAUAUUUUAGUGUUAAAAACUGUCAGAUACAAGACUAAAAAAAUGGCCCCGAUCAGUUUCAAAUCGAAUACUUUGAUAAAAGUAUUUCUUUAUUAUUAUUAUAAUAGUAACUUAACAAAUUAGAUGGGUAUAGCAAAGGUUAUUAAUAUUGCAUGCCAUAAUUUUUUUUUUUAUUUAAAUUAUAUAUAUAUGGACAUAUGAUUCAUUGUGAUGAUAUGAUAAUGAACGAUUCUCUUCAUCAGGGUUUAGAUAACAUCAGCGACUACGCCAUCAGCUUUCAUUACGUCGAACCAACUCAGAUGUACGCCCUGGAGUUUUUCACUUACCACUUACGGCCUUAUGGGGUUCUCAACCUACCCAUGGCCAUCAACGCGAGGUCGACCCCUGAUCAAACUUAUCCAACUGGAGAUGAGUAGUAUUAAUAUCUCAUGCAGGAUGAAUCGGUUUGCUGUUUAGGUGAAAAGUCCAAGAGUUACAAAAGAAACGUUUAAAAAAAUGGCGUUGGAAUGUCUUCAAUACAUAGUCGGAUAUGCUGCUUUAUUUAAUUGCCCUUUUAGCAACUGAUUGAAAAGUCUUCCCUCUUAGGUGUCCUGUGUUUAAAUCAGGUAAUCAAAUCUUUUGGUAAGCGGAACAAAAGUUUCGAGUUUCAAAUAAAUUUUGAGUAGUUUUUGGACAAUUGUGAUUAAAAACAAUCAUGAUAUAAAUUAUAUUUUCGUUCUUUAAAUCCACGUACAGUCUACUUUUAUCUAUGCAAUUUAUAUUACCCUUCCAUUAUGAAAAACUUUUAAAAUUUUGCAUGUUAAUACAUAACCAUAUUGUUUCACUUUAGAAAAGGCUCCAUAGAAUCUAAAUGGCAAUGUGAGUGGCAUCUUGUUGCUAAUGACGACUAUGAUAUUUGAGAUGAUUCCAAAAGUCAAGGUCACUUCUGUUGCAUUAAUUAUGCGAUGUUUUUGUAUAGUAAAAACAGCAAUAUAGUUUAUUUCUG